GCAAGAUGGCGCCCAUGGAGCCACAAAUGGAACAAAACGAUAGAGAGGCAAUUCCUGUCAACUUGGCUAAACAUUCUCCAGUAAAGAUGAACAUGGCUUUAUUGAUUGAUUUUAUGUUACAGAAGACUUAUCAUGAUCUUACUGUAAUGGCAGAAUUAUUACCAAGAAAGUCAGAUAUUGAAAGAAAAAUUGCAAUCAUAGAAUUUGCAACAAAAUCUCGUCAACAAUUUGUGCGUUUAUUGGCUUUAGUAAAAUGGGCCGCCAGUGCUGAAAAUGUUGUCAAAUGUCAGGUGAUAUCUUCAAUCCUUGAUCACCAAUCAUUUCUAUUUAUUGAUACGGCUGAUAAUCUUUCAAGAACAGCAAGGGAAACAUUAAUUAAUGCAAGGCUUCCUGCUUUCAGUCUUCCAGCUGCAGUUGAUGUUUUAACGACAGAGACCUAUUCAAGACUUCCUGCUUGUAUAAGAGACAGAAUUAUUCCAGCUGAUCCAAUAACUGGAAAUGAAAGAAUAAAAACAUUGAAACGUUUGGAUCAGGUGAUUCAACAAAGACUGAUCACCUCAAAACUUCCUCCACAAAUGAGUAAUCUUGUGAUAGCUGAAGGUCGUGUUAAAUUCACUGUUGAGGAUGAAUUUGAGGUUUCAUUGACAUUGAUGGGAGACGAUCCUUCUGUGCCUUGGAGACUUCUCUCCGUUGAUUUUCUUGUUCAGGAUUUUAAAACUGGGGAGGGAAAAUCUCUCGUACAUGGUUUACAGGUGCAGUAUAUUCAUCAACUGGCACAAUCACGUUUGUUCACUGAGGAAUCACCAUUGGUUGAUCUUUAUACUUGCCUUCAUUCUUUUUGCUCGUUGCUUCAGUUGGAAGUUUUGCAUUCUCAAUCACAACGUUUGGUGCGAGAACGAUGGUCAGAAAAUGUUAAAAUAGAAAACUAUGUCGUAGGGCAGAAAUUGACGAUAUCUUUCUGGAGAAAUCCAAAACAUAGAAAAUGGGAAAAAGAAAAUUACAAUGUCUCUAUUGUUGUUGGCAAUCAAGAUCAGAAAUCUUCGCUUACUCUGCAACAUACUCCAACAUUAAAAUCCAAAGGAAAAACUAAAAAUGUUAUUGUAUCUACCAAGAGACUAUGCAUUGAAACCAUUCUUAAUGGAACUAUCCAAGCUCAGUCUUUGGCAAAGUUAGAGGUUGUUAAAGAUCUUUUGCUCAAUGACAAAAGCACGGAAUCGCUGGCGUUACUGGACUCAAAGAUUCCUGAAUUAACUAUCAAAACACACGUUACAUCGUCAGUAAUUUCUGUUCUGGUUGAUUCAAGAACAGGGUUGUAUGACAUAGCAAUAAGUAAUUCUGAAGCUCUAAAGCUUUGUCUUACACUAAAAAAUUCCUUGAAUAAAGACCUCAAUAAUUUUGCCAACGUUCUCAACGAUGUGAGAUGUGCUCUUCGUGUUCAGCAAUGUGUGAAAAAUGUUCAAAACAUGGCGACUUCGUCAACGUCGUUGCCUUUGGUAAACUUCAGUGAUCACGCAUUGAGUCAGUUGUCAAAACAUAAACUUUACAUGAAGUUUCAAAUGCACACUUCUUAUUAUUUGGUGUUUGAGGUUAAAAUUGACUCGGAAAGCAGUGAGUUUUGUGAAGAUUACUAUCUGCUGAAAGUCAAGCCUGCCAACCCGACUCACCCGUCAGCCAAGGAAAGCAGUGAAAGCUCACGUCGGACAAGCAGUUCAGAAAAAGGAGAAAAACAAGUGGAAGGAUUCUUUCUCAAAGCAGGACCCCUUGUGAAACUUGAUGCUGAUUUUAUAUCUGACCUAACGAACAACUCAAAUGAUGGCACAUUUGUAAGAUCAUGUGAUGUGGUGUUAGACCAUUCAGAUGGAACGGGAGAAAAUGUAAAACGAAUGAAAAUUGACAGCGAGGUCGCCACGUCUCGAUAUGUUCCCAAAGUGGGGGAAGUUUAUAGUAUAUGUAAUGCAAGGAUUCCGUAUCUUAUUUUAUGUAAUGAGUUCAACAAAGCUAAAAUUCCUUAUCAUAUGGUCUACAAAGACAAAGUUGAUCUCUCCGUGAGAAUUCUUGAUUUACCGACAGUGGCCAACUGUGACAAGAAAGUUGUUCAACAAUUAAAGAAAAAUCUUCUUUAUUGUACCCUGUCACAUGACACGAACAACGGCAGCCAGUGGAUAUUCAAAAUUGUCAUGGCAAAUCCUCCUUUCAAAUGGAAUCAACCGAAUGCUACACAACACGUUUUGCUUUCUUAUAAAUCUGGAGGGAAAAGUCGGGAAGAGAAACGAGAGGAUUAUAGUGAUAAAUAUGUGUGGAGCAAGUUCUUGGACGAUUGGAAAUCUAUAUGUCGGUUAUACACACACGCUAAAGAGCUUGAUGAAUAUCUAGAAGACUCACGCUCCAAUCUCUCCAACAUUUGCUCAAUUCAUGAUUAUUCCUACAAAGAACUUGUUAUUGCUUAUGGUCCUGAUUUUCAAAAUCUAGUUACUGUGAGUUGGUCGGUUGUCGAGAAAGCAUUUACUUUCUCGUUUUCUCAUAUUGGAGGUGAAACCUGCGGCCAUCAUCAUGAAAUGAUAAAGAAAAUUCUUCAAAAUGAAUUUUCUAAACACUACAAUCUUCCCUACGUGAUUCAGAUUCUUCACGAGACAUGUUCGCCAUUUUAUUCCUUAUCAAAGCUUCCGACGACACUACGUCUGUUCCGUGGAAGCAAUAUCAGUCCAGCCUUCACAGUUAUUCCCCAGUCCUCUAAUUGCGUGAGAUUGUCGUUCAAAGAUUAUUUCAUGAUUGAAUUUAAUUUCCGCGCUAAACAACUGGUGUCCGUAAGAGAUUGCGCACAUUAUAAGAUUUUCCUGGACAAGUUUCAAGCUCAAAUACAGCAAAUAUAUAAUUUAAAGGUAUUUUUACAGCAGUAUAACGAUACGCAUACAGAUAUUGCUGCAAAGAACGUCUACGCUUUAAACUGGGAGUCGUCGUUAACAACACCGUCUUCAACUAGUCUUGAUUUACGACCACGUUUUGAGAAUCCUCAGAGAUCACCAUAUUCAACUGCAUACAAUGAUCUCCGCUCUGUUCCUCCUGUUUCAUCAAAACAAGGUCUUGUACCACGUUUGAUGCCGUUGUCUUCACUGAAUUUCCCUGUACCGUCACCAGCCAUACCAAUGUCUCCCACCGUCACUAACUUUCUCACUGCUCCUGCUUCUGCGCCAAGUACCAGCAGCACAUAUAUGUCUGCACCAUCACAUGCUUCGAAUUUUAUUGCUUCGCCAGCAACCCCAUAUCAAUUUCCUAUCACAUCACCAGCCACGCCUCAGACUGGCGUCCCCUCCCCCGCAGUGGUUGCUCCGUCACCGGGAAGUACGUCAUGGUCUGCACAAACACCCAGUUCAAAUAUUCAUCAGAGAAUACCUGCUAAUCAAAGAACGAUGCCAGGCCAGCCUCAAACACAAAGUUCCACACAACAGCAGUCUGGUCGACGUAUGUUGAACUGGGUCUCUGUUCGUCCAUCACUGAUAUCUCAUGCUUGUUUUGAUAAAAUAAUGACUCCGGCUGUUUUGAACACAAUUGGCGGUCAUAAGGUGCUGGUCACCCCACUUGAACAGUUCCUCUCCUGUCAUUUCCUGUUGAUUUAUUUCAAGAAAGUUAUCACUCCUAAAUUUGGAAAAACUCUGAUGCACCUACCUCAGAGGCAAAAUGGAUUUGCUUUUAAAACAUCGAAUUUUAAAUUAUCGGUGUUUUUGGAAGCCACAACAUUUCGAUCACUUCAUUUAGAAGUUCAACCAUUGCCUGGUCAAGAGAAUUUUUGGAAAAAAGAAGAUCUUCAAGAUCUUCAAAAGUUUUUCGAAUUAAAGGUGGUUUCAUAUCCUUACAAACUGAACAACCUUGUGUCAUUCCUAAAAAUGAUUUCAGCGGAACAAACAAUUUUGAGAGAUAUCAUUCAAAUAAUAAAACUCGAGCUGCAUAACGAUCCUAGUCAUCUUUGGAAUCUCGAAUGGUGUCUCACUGUUCCUCCUGGUGAUCAAAGAAGAAAACAGUUUUUUGGGUCACCAGCUGUAGUAAUUGCUGACAAUAACAAAGUUGUUUUCUUCAUCCAGUUGACGAGAUCUCGAUCAAACAAAUCAAUUGGUAAUGAGGAUAACGCGAUAAUUGUUCCUAUUUAUUUACCACCACAAAAUGGUACAACAUCAAGCCAUGUAACAAGCCUGGAUACUGUACCCUCAGAUUCGUCUAUCAAACUUAGUCCUCAUCUCGAGGCAGUAAUUGCUCAUCUUAAAACCUGGAAUGAAACUGCAUCUCACCCAGGACAAUGUCCACUUUACCCCGCUAUACUGUCACUGCUUAAGAACCUGGUUGUUCCAGAGUAAAACAAUGGAAAAAUUCGAAUGGCGCGAAUAUGAACUGUGACCAUCCUGUACCAAGUGUAAGUUUUGAGACGAUGUAUAUAUAUGUAGUAUGAUAUGUGCAUGUCCAUUAUUAUAGUGGUUAGACUCGCAUUUUCUCGAGAAUGUCUAAUAAAUGGAUACCUGAAUUAUGACAUGUUGUUACGUUGUGAAAACCGACACGGAAUGUACGUUUCAGAUGAGAUCUCUAUGUUUUCGAUAAUCGACCGUCUAUUGUAGUUGCUACCUUUCGUUCAAGUGCAACACU